AUGGGUGGUGGUAGUGGAUACCCAGCCGCACCAGGCGGGGUGUAUGCAAUGCCUGCCCCUGCUGCUGCUGGUGGCGGCGGCCACUUCAUGAUACCUGCAUAUCCUAUGGGAGCCUAUGGACCAGGCAAGAAUAUGGCAUCACCCAUCAUGGGCAAUGUAUUGCCUGCUAUGGGUGGACACCAACAACAACAACAACACCCCCACCAGCAGGGAGGAGGAGGAGGUCUCGGGUUCAAUUCCCGGGGAGGAAUGCAGCAACUCAGACCACACAACAGACGUGGAGGGAUGCCAGGCAGCUCCAAGCAGUUGGUUCACUUUGACGAGUCCUUAGCGGCAACCCAGACCGUCGACCGUGCUAUUGUGAGUGCACUGAAGCAACCACAACACAGACUUUUGCUGCUGGAGAUAGAGCCUGCUAUACACAAGAUGAUCACCGAGACCGACUCGGAAAGGCUGAAGCUCACGAAUCCACUUGGAAAAUAUCAGAGAAUGCUGAUACAUAAGCUCGGGGACUACUUUAGAAUGGAUCGAGAAGUUGACUACGCCAAAGGCUCUGAUAUGUGUACCGUAACUCUCGUACGAACUGAGCGGACGUGCGUGCCUAAUACCAUACUCCAAGAACUUUGUCGGAGUGCACUAGAAGCAGCCGAGAUGGCUGAUGGCGGCCAGCCCUGGCCAUACGUGCCUAGGCAACAGCAGCAGCAGCAGUCUCACAGUCGUCAACAACAAGAGUCUGACAGCAAUGUGGCGCGGCGAAGUGUAGAGCGAGCUCAUUCCGAUGAAGGGGUGCUUGAGGGUGGUGUGGACGAGCAUUGCAGUGAUGUGAGAGGCACCUGUAGUGAAGGGGGUGCUUCAGCUGAAAGGACCCCAUCAGAGACUGGAGAGGACCCGGCAGCAGCCACUGCGGGGGUGAAACGUCGUGGGGUGAAGAUUCUCAGGAGGGGCCCUGGGUCCAAGGGCAAGAAUACGAGGGCCUCGAGGCCUGAUGAGUCCUCGAGUGAUGAAGGCGGGAAGUAUUCAGAGGCUAAUCUCUUACAUAACCUUCCGGUUGACCUACGGGAAGAGCAUUACAACAAGAUUCGGGCUAAGAUUUUUCAAGAGGACGAUGGUACACCGUUGGUAUAUUCGAAUGAAGACCUGGCCGCUAUGGAGAGCGCUCGGAAGCACAUCCCCAAGGGUACCGAUCUGGACGAUCCAGAGUAA